AUGCGACUGUGGACGCAGGCGCGGCUGAUGGGCAUGUGGGCAGCGCACAACAUGACGGGCCGUGCGGAUGACUCUGGCCUCAGCAUGGCUUUUGAGCUGUUCACUCACGCCACGCGGUUCUUGGGCAAGAAGGUGGUCCUGCUGGGCCUCUACAACGGCCAGAAGCUGCAGCACGAACCACCCGGUGACAUCAGCCUGUACAGCCGCACCCUGGGGGAGGGCGGCCCCGGCUCGACGUUCGUGCGCGUGCUGCUGCUGCGGGGCCGCCUGCAGGGGGCGGUGCUGAUAGGGGAGACCGAGCUCGAGGAGGCCCUGGAGAACCUCAUCCUAGACGGCCUGGACCUGGGCGGGGUUGGGCCGGCGCUGCUGGACCCGGGCAUACAGCUCGACCACGUUUUUGACUGA